AUGUUUUCUCCCCACUACGAUUUUUCCACUACUGAACAAAAUGAAAUUUACAACUACUGGCAGCAAAUAAUUAGUCAAACGAAAACAACAAAAACUUUACUUUUGCCACCACCCAACAUUACUGGUAAUUUACAUUUGGGGCAUGCUCUAAAUUCUGUGCUCCAAGAUUUUCUAGUGCGUUUUUCUUACUUACAAAAAAAACCGAUUAAAUGGAUUGCGGGGAUUGACCAUGCGGGCAUUGCUACUCAAAGCAAAAUUGAAAAAUUAAAACUAGUCAAACUCAACACCGAUGAUAAAAAAAGAGCCUACACUCUGCAAACUUGGUAUCCGCAAAGCCGAAAAAUUUUUACUUACCAAUGGCAAAAAUUAGGUUUGUUGCUUGAUUAUGAUAAAGCCAGUUUCACUUUGGACCCGGCUAUUCAAAACCAAGUUAAGGAAGCGUUUAUUAAACUUUACCAGGAUGAUAUUGAAGUCGAACAUCGUCCGACCCAAAGCAAAUUAUACUACUUGAAAUAUCCACUAGUAAACAGUAAUGAUUAUCUAUUAGUUGCCACUAGUCGACCUGAAACCAUUUUUGCCGACAUGUCUUUGUUAGUUAAUCCUCGGGACCAAAGAUACCAAAAAUAUCUCGGUCAACAAAUCCAACACCCCGUUACAAAAAAAAUUAUUCCAAUUUUGGCCGAGGAAAAAGUAGAAAUUACUUUUGGCACCGGAGUUUUAAAAUGCACGCCCGGACAUGAUUUUACGGAUUACGAGUUAGGCCAAAAACACCAACUUUCCGUAGUUAGUUGUUGUGACGAAAAAGGAAUAUUAAAUGAAUUAGCCGGCGAAUGA